ACACAUGCGUCAUGUGAAUAGAAAUGACAAAAACAGCCCUCCUUAAAUUACUUUUAGCAAUAGUGAUCACAUUCAUUUUAAUUUUGCCGGAUUAUUUCAAAACACCAAAAGGAAACGUGUUGGAGCUAUCAUGUCUGGAAGUGUGUUUACAACCUAAUCUCACCUAUCCACUCUCCUCCUUAAAUUUUUCUCUCAUGACUUUUCUGCAACCAGUAAGGGAAACUCAGACUCUGAUGGGAAUCUUUCUAAAUCACUCCAGCUUUCAAAACUUCGCCAGGAUUUGCCAAGACAUCACAAGUGAAUUUAAAAUGUGCUCCUCAUGUUUGGUCUGUGAGUCCAAAGGAAACAUAGAAUUGAUUUCUCAGGAACAAACAUCAAAAGUUUUUAUCAUGCGAGGAUCAAUGGAAGUGAUGGCAAAUGAUUUUCAUUCACUUUGUCAAUAUUUUAACUUCACUGUAGCCCCUACAGUUGACCACCUGGAAGAAUAUAAUGUUACUUGUAAUAUAAAAACCCACACUAGAAGGUCACCAAUCAUGGAGGAAGACCCAGCCAAGGAAAACUCUAUAAACCAUACUUGUAGAAUUAUGAAAUAUCCACAUAAUUGUAUACACAUUUCUUUGCACCUAGAAAUGGAUGUAAAAAAUUUCUUUUGUUCCAUGAAGAUCACUUGGUAUGUUUUAGUAAUAUCAGUUUUUAUAUUUUUGCUCAUCCUCACUAUCCACAAAAUACUCGAAGGCCAUAGGCGAGUGCAGAAGUGGCAGAGUCAUAAAUACAAACCUUCAUCUGUUCUCUUAAGAGGAAGUGAUUCUGAGAAACUUCAAACGUUGAAUGUGCGGGUUAUUUCAGCAGAGACCACGCAGAGGCUGCCCUUGACUCAAGUCAAGAAAGUGCUUUCUCCAAUACCAGAACUAGAAGUUCCUGCCACAGUGCAUCAGCACGAUCAGUAUACACGAAUAUCCUUCUAAACAAUUCGUCUGGACAAUUUGGACCAAACUCUUUUUGAAGAAUACUCAUAAUUUUAUUUGGGGAAUGAGUUAACUGGUAAAUAUAUGAGACCAGUUGAGAAUACA